AUGGAUGAUGCAUUGAUUGAUGCAUUGUAUCACCAACAUGUUGAAGGAAAUAGGGUUAAUGGAACUUUCACUACUUCAGCAUAUGAUAAAAUAGUAAAGGAAUUACAUGAGAUAUACAACUUGGACUUAGAUAAGGCCAAAGUCAAGAAUAGGCUGAAAACUAUCAAAGAGCAUUUUGCUAAGUGCUAUGAUUUAUUCAAACAUGCUAGUGGUUUUGCUUGGAGCCCGGUUACAAGGAUGUUCACUUCUGAACCUGAAGUUUGGGAGGCAUUGAUUGAGGUGAAACCACAUGCUGAGAAAUGGAAAUGUACACCCAUUGGCAACUAUGAAAAGCUGGCUGAGAUUAUGGAAAGGAUAGGGCAACUGGUGUAG